AUGGCAGAGCCCAAGGCGAAGCGGCCAAGACUGGAAGAAGUUAUGGCAAGUGCCUGUGAUGUCGCCACGCCCCAAAAAGUCUCCAAAAGGGGAGAGAAAGAGGCGGUGGUUCAAAACUACGUGGACCUUUUGAAGGCCCAGAAAACACCGGUGGUUAAGUUUCCCUCGCUUCUCUCUGACACAGACCUUCAGCAGGUUUUGCGCUGCCAUCGUGCUGUCCUCGACUCUGGCGACCCUGCAGUGACCAACCCACAGAAUCGCCAGCACAAGAGGAAGCAGUGCUUGUUCCUACAUGGCCAGGCGGUGCCGGAGGAGGGCCAGCUGCUGAGCAGAGCACCAGGUGUUCUUCGGAAGAUGCUUCGAGCGGCCGUCUCCGCGCAGCAGGAGGGUCAAUGGGGCAGUGCUGAACCAGACCGAGCCGGGAGCGAGGUAGAUAGGGACUCGGCACUCUCAGGCAUCGACGUCCGGCGCUGCUCGAUUCGCGUGGUGGAGCUUUGGGAGUACGAAGCUGGAGGUGGCCUGGUGGAAGAAUACCAUUUCGAUGCCGGGAGCAUCGUCACCAUCGUCGGCUUGGUUAAUGACAAGGAGGAGUUCACAGGCGGUCAGUUUCAGACCAAAGAGCCGGAUGGCCAUCUCCAGACGCAUGAGUUGUCCAAGGGUGACGUGAUCUGCUUCGUGUCGCACAAGUACCACAGCAUCACGCCCGUCACUUCAGGAAAGCGCCAGGCGCUAGUAGUGGAGCUUUGGGAGGGGGGUCUUCCAAUGUGGUGUCGCUGA